GCGCAUGCGGGGUGCGGGACGGCGGUUGGGGCCGCUCGGGGCUUCUUGAAGGGGCGGCGCGGUCGGUGCGGCCCUCUGCUGAGCCCGAAGGGUGGGAGGGAGGAGGAAAGCGGGUCGCCAUGGAGCGGCCCUACCGGCGGAGCUCGGCCUGGGGCGGGAAGGCCCCGCGGAAGAAGCGGCGUUCGUCCCCGCUGCCCGGCGGGCUGCUCCCCGCGGGGCGCUCCGGGCCGGCGCUGUGCCGGCGGCGGCUGUUCGGCAGCGCGCGGCGCGGGGAGCCCCAGCCCGGCUGCCCAAAGGGACAGCCGGCUGUGAAAACCUUACCAAAAAUCAAGGAGAAUCUCGAAGUCACCCGGGGCAGCCCUUCCUCCAACCAGAGCACUCAAGUGAAUGCCGAAGGAAUACCAUUCCUGGAGAAGGAUGAAGAGGAUGUGGAAGACAGCAAGGUUCCGCUGAAGGAAUCUCCAGCAAUCAACUUUGAAAGUAAAGAAAGCCUGAAAAACACUGAUGUUACUUCAGGCACAGGGAUGACUCUUCCUACAGGUGUUUCAGCUUUUCUCCUCGAGUGUUUAGAUGCUGAUUCCUCUGCGUAUGGUGACACAGUUGCUACUGACACCACAGAAAGUUUCCCAUCCCCUGAAACGUUGAGAGAUGAGGAAUGUUCAGGGACAUGUAAUCCUGACUUCGAGGACUUUGUGAAAUGCAAGAACUCCACUCUCCUGGACUGCAGCAAAGCAGUGGCCAUAGAUAAGAUACUACAGAUCUCAAAUAUUUCACCAAUAUUAGAACCUGUAUUGGAAGAUUGUAAAGACCAGCACAUAAAAAGAAAGAGACCCAAAUGCAAUUACAGUUCUUCAGAACUGAGUGUUUCAACUACUCUGGCAGGGAAAAAAAUCUGUAAAAUUACAACUGCAAGAGAGAGAACUCCAGCCCUAAAAAGUGGUACGCGCUGUCCUUCACCAGUAGGAGCAGGAAGAAAGCCUGACGAGCAGACUGCUGAACCCAAAAGGCUGAAGUGCAUCAGAAAAGAAGAGUUGUCUAACCUGUUAGAAGGUAAUGCAUCAUCUUGUGCUCAGCUUGAAUCUGCCCCAGCAAACACUUCAGCAAAAUCAGUGAAGGUGACAACAGAGGUGCUGCCCUCUAGACAGACAGGUGAUGUAGUGACUCAGUGCUACAGAAAAGAAAUCUGUUCCAUUGUCAGAACCUCACCAGGUCAUAGGCCUUCCAGGCAUCGCCAGCUUCCAGUUAGGACAAAAGCCUUCUGCCUUCCUGAAGGAGUGCCUGAAGGUGUGUUAACAAAGCUUGCCAGGCUCCCCUGCUGUUAACUUUGAAGCUUUGGAAUAGACUCACUUCUAAAGGGGCUCUGGCAACUUGGAUUUGAAUUCACUUGACAUUGGCUCAGUCUUCAGUGCUGUUAAUUGUGAAACUGUUGAAAGCUCAGCUGUAUUUCCUGGGCAAAUUCUAUUGUUUUGUUGUAUUCUGUACUUGAAGAUCUUAUUUGAAACUGUAUUUAUGUGCCCAGUUUGAAGGCUUUCACAUAGUGAAGGGGUAUAGAGAUCUCUCAUCUGUGAGCCUGCAGCACGCAGGUGUGUCCUCCAUCCAGAACAAGGGGGAAAGAUGCAUCUGAACAUCAGUUCCUGCUUUCUGUCUGAGCGUCAACUUCUAGCGGAUGAAAACCAGAGAUCCUGCAGGCAGCUGUGUAUCUUACACACGAAGUGAUCCUUGUUUAAAAGUAUUUCUAAUGUAACGUCACAUCACAUGCCAGCUUAGUUUAAUUCCGUUUUCCAGGGAAAGCAGAUGAGUCACUUCUACUUAAUCAGUUCUUAAUUAUUUUCACUUUCUGCUACUCUUCUGUCUUCACAGUGAGACGUUGGAGGAGGCUGUUAACUGUAACCAUUGGUUUAAACCCAUCCUAAUAAAUACUUUUGCAAAAAAUGCUCA